AUGGCUCGCGAAACGCGGUCGGCGACGGGCAACUCCAAGCCGCGCGUCAUCCCGGUCAUCGACACCGCGCCCACUAUCACGCGCAAGCCCGCAACCAAGAAGAAGGCUGUCCCCAAGAGGGAGGCCAAGGGCGCCAAACCCACUGGCGUGACCAAGAAGAGGGUCCCCAAGAAGGACGGCGCGGUCGCUAAGGUCAAGGCCGCCGUGAAGAAGACGGCGAAGAAGGCGACCGCGACUGAGAAGAAGACGGAGGAGAAGGCCGAGAAGGUUGAAAAGGCUGACAAGGAGGUCAAGCCCAAGACAACAGCUAAGAAGUAG